UAUUUAAUUUUUUUCUUGUUAGAUAUCUGAGAUUCGAGAAAUUACAUUCUUUUAAAAUGUUUUAAAACCUCACCUAGAGCAAAAUAACAUAAACUGGUGAAGGUGAAGUGUGUACAUUCCUCGCACACGCCCCCGUUUGACAGUAUGCAAUCCUACACUUAGUCCCGCCCUCAGACUCACGCUAUUGGUUCAGUCAAUGUUUGUCGCGAUGCUCAACCAAACAGCAACGGUUGGUAGCGCCACAUUGUUUACACUUUUUGAAGGAGUCAGAAUUAGGAUGGAUUACCUAACGUAUAGUUUAAUUCUUCAUAUUAAGCUGUCGUAUAAUUAUAUAUAACGUGUAAAAAAAAUAUCUUAAUUGGUGUAUGUUAGGUUUUUAAAUUCUCAAGACCUGUGUGUGCUGGCUGGGAUUUCCGCAUCACUUGAAGGCCACGGCAGCUCAUGAUGAAGCGAAGCCGUGUCCCGAGCACCAGCGAGGACUCGGACAAUGGGAGUAAUUCCACGUCCUGGUCUCAGCACUCCAAUUCCAAGCACAGGAAACAGAGUGGAAAAAGACCAUCUGAGGUGUUCAGGACAGACCUGAUCACUGCUAUGAAGCUGCAUGAUUCACACCAGCUUAAUCCUGAGGACUAUUAUGAGCUGGCCGAUCCCUGGCGGCAGGAGUGGGAGAAAGGGGUUCAAGUUCCUGUCAGUCCCGAGUCUAUACCGCAGUGUGCAGUGCGCACUGUAGCUGAGAAAAGCACCGCUCCUCUGUUCAUCAAACCCAAGAAGCUGAUUCGCUCAUCUGAGUCAUCCAUGCUUGGGUAUGUGGGUAUUCAGACACUGGCUGAUGGCAUGUGUCGCUAUGACCUGAAUGAGGAGGACGUAGCUUGGCUGCAGAUUACUAAUGAAGAGUUCAGUAAAAUGGGCAUGCAACCCCUGGAUGAGCUCACAAUGGAGCGGGUCAUGGAGGAGUUUGAGCGCCGUUGCUAUGACAACAUGAGCCACGCCAUGGAAACAGAGGAGGGGCUUGGUAUCGAGUAUGAUGAGGAUGUGGUCUGUGAUGUCUGUCAGUCUCCUGACGGUGAGGACGGCAACGAGAUGGUGUUCUGUGACAAGUGCAACAUCUGCGUGCAUCAGGCGUGUUAUGGUAUACUGAAGGUCCCUGAGGGCAGCUGGCUUUGCCGUACCUGUGCGCUGGGGAUUUUUCCCAAAUGCCACCUGUGCCCUAAAAAAGGCGGAGCCAUGAAACCCACCCGCAGUGGCACCAAGUGGGUCCAUGUGAGCUGUGCCCUCUGGAUACCUGAAGUAAGCAUUGGUAACCCUGAGAAGAUGGAGCCUAUCACUAAUGUGUCUCAUAUACCCAGCAACAGAUGGGCUCUAAUAUGCUGCCUGUGUAAAGAGAAAACAGGAGCUUGUAUUCAGUGUUCUGCCAAAAGUUGCCGUGUGGCGUUCCACGUGACCUGUGGUCUGCAUUGUGGGCUGAAGAUGAACACGAUCCUCACAGAGGCGGAUGAAGUCAAGUUCAAGUCGUUUUGUCCCAAGCACUCUGGCCUGGACUGGAACGAGGAAGAGGGCGAUGAUGACAGACCAGUAAAGGUCCCGACCAGGGAAGACAGAAGCAGAAAUAGAGCAAUAGACUUCUCAUCUUCUUCCCAAACCAGACUCUCGCAGAACCCAGAGGAGACCAGACUCAGUGAGCGAAAGCUUCGAGUCCAGCAGCUCGAGGAUGAGUUCUAUCGCUUCGUCGCCGCUGAUGAGGUUGCCGAACAUCUGCAGCUUCCUCUUGAGAUGGUGGACUUCUUGUUCCAAUACUGGAAGUUGAAAAGGAAGGUGAACUUCAACCAGCCUCUCAUCAUGCCGAAGAAAGAGGAGGAAGACAGUCUUGCCCGACGAGAACAGGAAGUGCUUUUAAGGCGUCUUCGACUCUUCACACAUUUGCGUCAGGAUCUGGAGAGGGUGCGUAAUUUGACGUAUAUGGUCAGCCGGCGGGAGAGGAUUAAACGGACCUUGUGCCGAGUGCAGGAGCAGAUCUUUCAUCACCACGUCAGGCUGCUGGAGCAGGGCCGCGUCACUGGCAUAUCCUCUACAAGACGUUUGGAGGAGGCUAUGUUUUAUUUCCGGACGACGCCACCUGUGCCAGCAUCUCCUCAGCCUCUGAAGGGUCACUGUGGGCAGAACAGCACACUGAGCUCCAGCGAGAAGGGAAGCAACUCUUACAGAUCCUCAAAGCAUAUCGAAGCAGAGAAGCCUGCAAAGAUGCUCAUGGAUGGUGUUCCCAGUUCUGGAGACCCUGUAAGAAACGAGACUGCGAUGUCUGCUUCAUCUAGACGUUCUGAGGGCAGGACGAGGAGCGGCGAGUCUCACAGAAAAGAGGAGGAGAGUGAGCGCCCUCUGGAGGACAGGAGGAGAAAGAGCAAGCUGUGGUACCCGGUGUCUAUUAAAGACAAACUGAGGCAUGCGAAGUCUAUGGAGGACACACUAAGCAGUGAGACAGAGCUCGACACCAUGGAUGACAGAUUGCUGCUGUCUCACACUGACGCUAAUUCUGUAGCUACCACUCCAAACACGUACAACGGAUCGCCGAGGAAGACAAACGCAAGCCAUCAGGGAAAACUAGUGCCAAAUGGAACAUCCGGACGGCAUCUGAAAAACUGGGGCAGUUUCCGAAUCCCCAAACGCAGCGAGAGAACAUCAGCAGGGAGACAGACCGAGAGGCAGGACGCAGACAAUGCCGCAGACCAAAACUCUUCCUUAAAAACUUUUAGCACAAGCCCCGCCCCUUCCUCUCCUCAAAUCAGGACCCGGCUGCGGACAGGAAGCGAGAAUCGACGCCAUCUGGAGGAGUCUGAUCUCGGCCAAUCGGAGCAGGGCAAGAGGUGUCACACCCAGAGACUUCCGAGCCCCAUGACUAGACGAUACGGUUCAGACGUGAUCCAACGUGGAGUUCUCGCAUCUUGAAAUGUCCAAAUAUUAUUAUUAUUUUCCCUCUUCAUUUGCUCUUCAACGAAAGGUGAACAGGUGGAACGAUAUUUAUUUUUCUAGUCUGUAAUUUUCUGCUGAAAAUAUUUUUUUGUCUGUAUGUUAAAACAUACGUAGAGAGGUUUCGAAGACCAAACGAUUGGCUGACGAAGACGAAUAUCUUCUUAAUAAUCGAUGAAUGAAACUAUAAAUCAGGUGAAAAUGAGCUGGCGGAGUUUCGAGAUGAGUUAUGAGCACUUCUGAGGGUGUUACCAGCGUGAAAUGAAGCCAGUGCAGCCCCGCUGUCUUAAGUCCCACACAAAAACUGCACUUAACUGAGCACUUAAAAAGAAAACAAACAUAUUUGACCACAACAGUCGAAGCAGUGUCCAAAAUUUAGGAAAGACUUUUUAAUUUAUUUUUCAGUAUUCUGCUAACUUAAAAGGCCAUCAUGUGUUGUGUGUAUGUGACAUGUGCCAUACUUCUGCUGUGGCACCUUUUCCUUCUCAGGUAAAAAUCUGCUUAUAUUUGUACUUAAUUUAUAGUGUUAUGUCUUUUUUUUCCCCUCUCCAAACUGAGUGUGUAACAGGUUAUGCCUUAUAUGUACUCUCUUUGGUCUUGAAGAAAUUCCUUUCCAGAUAAAUACAAAUAAAUAAUAAAAAAAACAAUGUUCAUUUAACCAUAUUCUUCAGCAAUAGAUGGACACCGUAGAUCUGGACAGAUUCACACUCGGUAUGAUGAAAUUAUGACGCAUACGAUGUAUAUAAUUUGCAGCUCUGUUCAGGAAGGCUUUUAACAAUCAUUUACUUCCAGUAUCCAUUACUUUGCACUUGAUAUUAAACAAUAACAGAAGACACUAUCAUAGCUCUAAUAAAAACACUGUUGUGUUGAAAGGACUGAUCUUCUUGACAUGGUUGCCUUGGAGUAGUACGCAGAAUAUGUGUUCUUGCAUCUUUUUCUUUAUCGCUGUAAAUGUCUCCUCAUGCAAAAUGUGAGUUGAUCUCCUUCAGAAAAGAAAAAACGUUUAUCUUGUGCCUGUUUUUGUUGAGAUGUUGCACUAGAACAUUAGCCAGAGAGCUUGGUAUAACUGUGUUCACAGACAAAAAAAAAAGUUUCUACAUGUUUAUAUAAUCAAGCGCUGCUGUAAUUUUCUUCUUUCUUUUCUUUUAUUCUUAUGCAAUACUUUAGUUUUGUUGCAGAUUGUGAAUAAAUUUUCUUGAGGUUACUUGA